GUUGAAUUCAUUGAAUAUUUAGGUGCCAUAUAGUAUGCUAAGCACUUACUGCAUCAUUUCAUUUAAUCCACACAGCUGUCUAUGAGGUAUAAAUAUUACUAUUGUUCCCAUUUUUAAGAUGUAAAACUGAAGCCUAGUGGAGAAACAGAACUAGAGGCUCUUCAUUUUUUGUUGGUUUUACUUAAACCACCUUUCCCCUUUUCCUCCCUCCUCAAUAAAAUUCUUGAAUCCAUUUUUUACUUCUCCAAGGAAAGGAAAUACAGUCCUGGCAUUGCAAGCUCUCAUUUCCUCAUUUGAUGGGAAAAGGGGCAUGGUAUAAUAGAGGGAAAGCUUGAAGGCAUCUAGUUGGGCUUUUAAUUAACAAGAAGACACUCUGAAGGCUUUGGAUGUUAUCAGGGAAUAUGAAGAAUACAAAAAGCAUCCAGGAACCUAGAUUUGAUUAUUAUAACAGUGAAGUUCCUGAUAUUGACCUCAAUGAUUGUGAAUUCCCACAUGUCAUUGAAAUUUAUGACUUUCCUCAAGAAUUUCGUACUGAAGACCUCCUACGGGUUUUCUGCAGUUACCAGAAGAAAGGAUUUGAUAUUAAAUGGGUGGAUGACACACAUGCCCUAGGAGUAUUCUCCAGUCCAAUUACAGCUCGUGAUGCUCUGGGUAGUAAACACACCAUGGUGAAGAUCCGGCCUUUGUCACAGGCCACAAGAGCAGCCAAGGCCAAAGCUAGAGCUUAUGCUGAGUUCCUCCAGCCAGCAAAGGAGCGUCCUGAGACUUCUGCAGCCCUAGCUAGAAGGCUAGUCAUCAAUGCCCUUGGGGUUCGAAGUAAGCAGAGCAAAACUGAACGGGAAGCAGAGCUCAAGAAACUGCAAGAAGCCCGAGGUGAGUUGAAGGGAUGGCGUUCUUCUCUAGUCCCUUUAGAGCAGUGGUUCUUAACCUUCCUAAUG